AUGCCACUUAGAGCCUUAAGAGAUCUCAAAAUGCCAGCUGUGGACCCAGUGUGGGAUCAUCAUCCACCCUCGCAGCCAGACUUCAACCCAAGGGAAACACCACCCUUUGGACUGGCUGAGAUAAACGGAGCAGAGAUUCACAUCGGAAACUCUUUGGAGAACAACGGUACCAACAAUCCCAUAUGUGCUGUUAUUCCUGAUAUUCCAGCAGGUGAGUCCAACAACUACUUAUGUGAUGGAUUGGAGGGACGUUACAUGAUUAUUCAUAUUCCUGGAGACUGGAAGAUUCUUACUCUUUGUGAGGUUGAAGUCUACGGGUAUUUGGCAGAAAAUCUGGCAGUAGCUGGAGCUGCUAUACAGUCGUCAACAUCUGAGGACUGGUUUGCUGAAAAGGCCAUUGAUCGAGGUCUUCAACAGUUGUAUACGGGAUGCUCCUCAACCCUUAAUGAGACUAACCUGUGGUGGAGGCUGGAUCUGCGUCAUAUUUACAGAGUUAGUAAAGUGGUUAUCACUAAUAGAAAAGACUGCUGUGCAGAACAAAUAAAUGGAGCGGAGAUUCGUAUCGGAAACUCUUUGGAGAACAACGGCACCAACAAUCCCAUAUGUGCUGUUAUUCCUGCUAUUCCAGCAGGUGAGUCCUACAGCUACUUGUGUGAUGGGAUGGAGGGACGUUACAUGAAUCUGAUCGUUCCUGGAGACAUGAAGAUACUCACUCUGUGUGAGGUGAAGGUCUAUGGAGAAGGUCCCUGUUUAAAAAGAUCAUUUGUAAAACUGAUGUUUCACUCCAGCAAAGAUUUGACCGACUCUACAAUGACAGAAAUCUUGGGAUCUGCUCUGGCUGAUAGAGGAUUCACAGACAUUACAUUGAGUUGGUUUCAAACUCCUAAAGAGAAAGUGAUGCGGAAAGUGAACGCUGGCAAACGUCGCCGUGAUACAAGAAAACAAUGCCCUGGACAUCAGUCUUUUUGA